AUGCUGCAGGAAGGAAUUGUUAUGGAUCCUAUGACUUAUAGCGAGAAGCGAUCACGUCAAUUGCUUGAGGAACGCUUAGAGAGUAUUAUUAGUGCAGCUGCACUAAUGGCAGAUGCAGACUGCACUAGAGACGAACGUCGAGAAAGAAUUGUGGCUGAAUGCAAUGCUGUUCGACAAGCUUUACAAGACCUGCUUACUGAAUAUAUGUCAAACAUGAGUCAAAAAGAUAACAGCCCUGGACUCUCUCGAGCAAUAGAUCAAAUGUGUCGAAAAACUCGUGACCUGAGAAGGCAAUUACGAAAGGCUGUUGUGGAUCAUGUUUCGGACUCAUUUUUAGAGACUUCAACUCCUCUGCUAGAUUUAAUUGAAGCUGCCAAGAUGGGCAAUGAAAAAAAAGUUCGUGAGAAAGCUGACAUAUUCACUAAGCAUGCUGAAAAACUCGUUGAAGUUGCUAAUCUAGUAUGUAGCAUGUCAAGCAAUGAAGAUGGUGUUAAGAUGGUUCGAUAUGCUGCUGCUCAAAUCGAAAGCCUUUGCCCGCAAGUCAUAAAUGCAGCCUCUAUUUUGACCGUACGACCAAAUUCAAAAGUAGCUCAAGAAAAUAUGACUACCUAUAGGCAGGCUUGGGAGGUGCAAGUUCGAAUUUUAACCGAAGCAGUGGAUGAUAUAACAACAAUUGACGACUUUUUGGCAGUAUCCGAGAACCAUAUUCUUGAGGAUGUAAAUAAAUGUGUAAUGGCUUUACAAGUUGGAGAUGCCACGGAUUUGCGCGCUACAGCCGGAGCAAUUCAGGGCCGUUCCGCGCGAGUUUGUAAUGUUGUUGAAGCUGAAAUGGAUAAUUAUGAACCAUGUAUAUAUACCAGACGAGUACUAGAGGCCGUAAAAGUUCUUCGAGAGCAAGUUAUGAUGAAAUUUGAUCAACGUGUGGGAGCAGCAGUUGGAGCCCUUGCAAUAGCACCA